CAUCAUCUCUUGUAUUACAUUCAACUAAACACAGACUAAGGACCUUGUCCAGUUGCCAUAAACUAAACUUUGAGAUUUGCAUUUCCUUUUUCUUUAUUACUACUCUUUGAUUCUUGAAGGCUAAAACAUUUGAGUCUUGAUUAAUCCUUGGAAAUGGAGGACGGGGGUAGUGUCAAAGCAGGUAGUACUACUAAUACUAUGAGUAGUUUCAGGAUUGGGAGUAGAUCAGUUUGGAGCAACAGUGGUGUGGAAAUCUUUGCCAACUCUUUCCACCAGGAAGAUGAUGAAGAGGCUCUUAAAUGGGCUGCCAUUCAGAAACUUCCUACUUUCGCACGUUUGAGGACGGGAUUGAUGACUUCACCUGAAGGGGUUGCCAAUGAGGUCAAUGUUCAUCAACUUGGGUUGCAAGAAAGGAGAGGUUUGCUUGAGAGGCUGGUCAGAGUUGCCGAAGAGGACAAUGAGAAGUUCAUGCUCAAGCUCAGGGACCGCAUUGAUAGAGUUGGAAUCACCAUUCCUACAAUAGAGGUCCGAUUUGAGAACAUGAACAUUGGAGCAGAAGUUCAUGUAGGUAGUAGAGCUUUGCCCACUUUCACUAACUACAUGGUUAAUAAAGUGGAGGGGCUAUUGAACUUCCUUCAUGUACUCCCAAGUAGAAAACAACGUAUAAACAUUCUCCAGAAUGUUAGUGGAAUCAUAAGGCCUGCCAGAAUGACAUUGCUUUUGGGUCCUCCAAGUUCUGGGAAGACCACACUCCUGUUGGCUCUGGCUGGAAGACUUGAUUCAAAAUUAAAGUUCACUGGAAAGGUGACUUAUAAUGGUCAUGGGAUGAAUGAGUUUGUACCCCAACGAACUGCUGCUUAUGUCAGUCAAAAUGAUCUUCAUAUUGGAGAAAUGACAGUUAGAGAAACCUUGGCCUUCUCCGCACGGGUCCAAGGAGUUGGAGCUCGUUAUGAUUUGCUAGCAGAGGUGUCCAGAAGAGAGAAAGAAGCAAAUAUUAAACCUGACCCAGAUAUAGAUGUCUAUAUGAAGGCUGUAGCAACUGAAGGCCAGAAAGCAAAUUUUAUCACAGAUUAUAUUCUAAGGAUUUUGGGAUUGGAGGUUUGUGCUGAUACUAUUGUGGGAAAUGCAAUGUUAAGAGGUAUAUCUGGUGGACAAAGAAAACGUGUUACAACAGGGGAGAUGCUGGUUGGACCAGCUAAAGCUGUAUUCAUGGAUGAAAUAUCCACUGGUUUGGAUAGUUCAACAACUUUUCAAGUUGUGAAUUCACUCAAGCACUUUAUCCACUCUCUCAAAGGAACUGCUGUCGUCUCACUCCUACAACCAGCACCAGAGACCUACAAUCUUUUUGAUGACAUUAUUCUACUCUCUGAUGGCCAAAUUGUGUAUCAGGGUCCCCGCGAACAUGUUCUUGAAUUCUUUGCUUCUGUGGGUUUCAAAUGUCCCGAGAGGAAAGGUGUUGCAGACUUUCUGCAAGAAGUGACGUCAAGGAAAGAUCAGGAACAAUAUUGGGUACACAGAGAUCAGCCUUACAGAUUUGUCACAACCGAAGAGUUUGUAGAGGCAUUUCAAUCAUUUCAUGUUGGGAGAAGCCUUGCUGAUGAACUUGCUACUCAAUUUGACAAGUCUAAAAGCCACCCUGCAGCUUUGGCAACCAAAAUGUAUGGAUUAGGAAAAUGGGAACUGUUGAAGGCUUGCUUGUCAAGAGAAUAUUUACUCAUGAAGCGUAAUUCAUUUGUCCACAUCUUCCAACUUUGCCAACUUGCUAUAGUGGCCUUUAUAGCCAUGACCGUUUUCUUCCGGACUGAGAUGCACCCAGAUUCUGUGACCAGUGGUGGUAUAUAUGCGGGUGCAUUGUUCUAUGGCCUUCUUGUAAUUUUGUUGGAUGGAUUUGCUGACCUUACCAUGACAGUUUCGAAGCUUCCUGUUUUUUACAAGCAAAGGGACUUUCUCUUCUUCCCUUCAUGGGUAUAUGCUCUUCCUGCAUGGAUCCUAAAAAUCCCCAUGACUUUUGCGCAAGUGGGAAUCUGGGUGUUCCUCACCUACUAUGUUAUUGGUUUUGAUCCAUAUGUUGGAAGAUUCUUCAGGCAAUUCCUUCUUCUGUUAUUUGUUAACCAGAUGGCUUCUGCCUUAUUCCGGUUUAUUGGAGCACUUGGUAGGGAACUGACGGUUGCUUUCACAAUUGGGUCAUUUGUAUUGGCCAUCCUUAUUGCCAUGAGUGGUUUCAUCCUGUCAAAAGGCAAUAUGAAAAAAUGGUGGUUAUGGGGCUUUUGGUCAUCACCUAUGAUGUAUGGACUGAAUGCCAUGAUAAACAAUGAAUUCCAAGGGAAGAGAUGGAGACAUGUUCUACCCAACUCAACUACACCGCUAGGAGUUCAAGUUCUAAAAUCUCGUGGGUUCUUCACCCAGUCAAAGUGGUAUUGGAUAGGUGUUGGGGCACUGAUUGGAUAUACGAUAGUGUUCAAUAUUGCUUACAUCCUUGCUCUCACUUAUUUGAACCCAAUUGUGCAGCAUCAAGCUGUUAAAUCAGAGAAAUCUCAAAGCAAUGAGCAGGAUGGUGGAAGCACUUCUGCUAGGUCUUCAUCCAGAAGGAAAGAAGCUGACAGAAGAAGAGGAAUGGCUCUUCCCUUUGAACCACAUUCCAUCACCUUCGAUGAUGUAACAUAUUCUGUUGACAUGCCACAGGAAAUGAAGAAUCAGGGAGUUCUCGAGGAUAGGUUGAACCUUUUGAAGGGUGUCAGUGGCACUUUUAGGCCUGGUGUUCUCACAGCUCUAAUGGGUUCCACUGGUGCUGGCAAAACAACUCUGAUGGAUGUACUAGCUGGAAGAAAGACUGGGGGAUAUAUUGGUGGGAACAUCACAAUUUCUGGCUAUCCAAAGAAGCAAGAAACCUUUGCAAGAAUUUCUGGAUACUGUGAACAGAAUGAUAUCCACUCUCCUUAUGUUACAGUAUAUGAAUCCUUGCUCUAUUCAGCAUGGCUUCGAUUAUCAGCAGAAAUCAAUUCUGAGACCAGGAAGAUGUUCAUUGAGGAAGUCAUUGAACUUGUGGAGCUGAACCCUCUAAAGCAUACAAUUGUUGGAUUGCCAGGUGUUAACGGACUAUCUACAGAGCAGCGCAAAAGGUUGACUAUUUCUGUUGAGCUAGUGGCUAAUCCUUCUAUCAUAUUCAUGGAUGAGCCAACUUCUGGGCUAGAUGCAAGAGCUGCUGCUGUUGUUAUGAGGGCUAUUAGGAAAAUAGUGGACACUGGAAGAACAGUUGUCUGCACCAUCCAUCAGCCUAGCAUUGAUAUAUUUGAAUCUUUUGACGAGCUUUUUCUAAUGAAACGAGGAGGACAAGAGAUAUAUGUGGGGCCACUUGGACAUCAUUCUUAUCAUUUAAUCAGUUACUUUGAGGGAAUUAAAGGUGUCCGUACAAUUGAGGAUGGCUACAAUCCAGCAACCUGGAUGUUGGAAGUCACAACUUCAGCAAAAGAAAUGGAAUUGGGGAUUGAUUUCGCUGAGCUGUAUAAAAAUUCAGACUUAUACAGGAGAAACAAGGAACUUAUUGAAGAAUUGAGUACUCCAGCCCCGGGUUCAAAGGACCUUUAUUUUUCUUCAAAGUACUCUAGGUCCUUUAUUACCCAAUGCAUGGCUUGCUUAUGGAAACAACAUUGGUCUUACUGGCGCAAUAAUGAAUACACCGCCCUAAGAUUUCUCUUUACAAUUGCUGUUGCCUUGUUGUUUGGGAGCAUAUAUUGGAACCUUGGCUCCAAAAUCAAAAAGCAACAAGAUCUUUUCAAUGCCAUGGGAUCCAUGUAUGCUGCUGUUCUUCUUCUUGGUAUUAAGAAUUCUAAUUCAGCACAACCGUUGGUGGCAGUUGAAAGAACAGUGUUUUAUAGGGAAAAAGCUGCUGGAAUGUAUUCAGCUUUGGCAUAUGCUUUUGCUCAGGUUGUAGUCGAACUACCUCAUGUUCUUCUACAAACUGUGGUCUAUAGUGCUAUAGUGUACGCAAUGAUUGGUUUUGAGUGGUCUGUCACUAAAUUUUUCUGGUAUCUCUUCUUCAUGUACUUCACCUUCCUCUACUUUACCUAUUAUGGCAUGAUGUCUGCUGCCAUGACCCCAAACCCAUCCUUAGCGGUUAUAAUUUCUUCUGGAUUCUAUGAAGUAUGGAAUCUCUUCUCAGGGUUCAUAAUCCCACGACCAAGGAUGCCUGUCUGGUGGAGAUGGUAUUAUUGGGCAAAUCCAGUAGCUUGGACUUUGUAUGGGCUGGUGACAUCACAGUUUGGAGAUAUACAAGACCAUAUUGAGUUUAAUGGUAGAAGUACGACAGUUGAAGACUUUUUGAGAAAUUACUUUGGUUUUAAGCAUGAUUUUUUGGGAGUAGUUGCAGCUGUACUUAUAGGAUUUGCAGUAACUUUUGCAUUGAUCUUUGCCAUUGCCAUAAAGAUGUUAAAUUUCCAAAGACGUUAAGAAUGACAUUCAACUUUUGGUUAGGAUAUUCUGGUUAACAUGCAAUAAUUUGUACAGGAAAAAAAGCAUGGUUUUCUCACUUUUCUGUAUUCUCUUAUUUCUAUUAAAAAGUGUAUCAUAUAAUAUCACUUUUGAAUACAUUUGUAAAUUAAUCCA